AUGAAAAAAUGCGAUCUUCAUGGACUAAGUACUACCACAAGAACAACAUCGACAACAACAACAUCUACAACAACAACAUCGACAACAACAACAAUAACAUCGAUAACAACAUCGACAACAACAACAAUAACAUCGACAACAACAUCGACAACAACAACGUCGACAACAACAUCGACAACAACCGCUGCUACCGGUAAGUAA